AAUUCCCAAUUCCCAUUACCUUUUUAAACCUAUUUUACAGAAUAUCAAGUUAAUCAAAGUCAACAAGUAAAAGUAGAUGUAAUUUUAAAUUUGUACUGUUUAUUUCCUUGAGAAAUGACAGGUUUUCUAAAAGGUUUACUGUUUCCUGUUCUUCCGCACUAAACUCCUCAGCCUCUUUUAAGGGCUUCUCUAAGUAAGAGAGUGUCUCCAUCUGCUGGUGAAAGAAUGGAAAUGUGGGGACGUGCAGGUCCGUCCAAUCAAGAAAUAAAACUAAAUUAUUAGCCCACAGUCCAGUAAUAUCUGCGCAAAUAUUGCAAAGGAUGUCACUGGAAGCAGCUGUUUUAAACAAAUGAAUCUAAAACAACAGAAAAAAAAAACUAUAAUUUUAUUUUAAAAGCUCCAGGGGAAUAUUGAGUCUUUUUUCCUCCAAAAUGACACAAUUUAGUUUUCAACUCUCAAUAACAACCAGAACCAAGAGGAUUAUUAAUAAACAGUUUGGAAUGGAGGAGGCAACAAGUGUAACCAAAAAUACGAGUCCCGUUGUUUGAACAACAGCUCUGGGAUAAACACACAGAGGUGGAAGUGGUCCUUCCGUAGCAGCAGCCCGCACAUCUUUGGGGGCGACUGCUUUUUUUUUUUUUUCUAGCAAAGGAUGUGAGCAGGAGCGGCGCUCGGAGGGGGUUUAAAAAGGUACUGUCCCCGAACUUUGGCACUACAGAACCUCUGAGAACUUCCAGCAGCUCCCAGUGGAAACCAGGAUGGACGUCAGCAAGCGACUGGGAAUGAGGGACACCGUGCUGGCGCUCUUCCUCGCCGUCCUGCAGGGUCUUCCCAUCGUGGAAGCAUCCCCGAACCCGUCGCCUCUAGUUGGAUCCAACUGGGGGAACCCGAGGAGAUACGUUCACCUGCAGACCUCCACGGACUUCAACACCUUCUACCUGGAGAUCCGAGUAGACGGCGCUGUGCGCAGAGCCACAGCCAGGACAUCAUACAGUGUAAUUCUGCUGAAAGCUGAAACACGGGAGCGCCUGGCCAUCUUUGGGGUCAAAAGCAACCGCUACUUGUGUAUGGAUUUGGAGGGCAACGCCUUCACCUCGCCUGUUUGUCUCAAGGAGGAAUGUUUGUUCAACCACAAGCUUCUGGAGAACAACCGGGACGUGUACUACUCCACCCGCACCGGCAUCCUUUUCAACUUGGAGGGAUCCCGGCAGGUGUACUCAGCGGGUCAGAACCUGCCGCAGACCGCCCUCUUCCUGCCAAAGAAGAACACUGUGCCGCUGGAGCGCCUCCUGCUGCACAGGGAGAAGAGGAACCAAGUGGUGGACCCCUCAGACCCACACAAUGUCCUCCUCUGGCGGGCCGAGGAGGGCUCAGACUCCAAGGCUGUGCGAGAGGACGAUGGUGACUUGGACGUGGAGACUGAGGUUGGGGACGACGGACUCAACGCCUCCAGGGAGAUGCAGCUGCAGCCGCAGCCGCAGCCGCAGGCUCCAUCCAACCACGACCCCUGGAACGCGCAGUCUUCCAGACAGGCUAGCCCCUGGAGCACUGGCACCGUGGGCUGACCUUAGAGGGACAAACUACUCUUAAAAUGUUUAGAUUAGGCCAAACUGCGGCUGAAUCAUAUAGAAUAGCAGUGUUUUUAUGCACUGAAGGUGCAGCAUUUCACUUGAGUUGCAAUCACUUUUGCACAACUUCUAUUUAAAUAAUCUGUAACAUUUGCCAAGUUCAGAUCUUUAGGGGAUUUAACGUUUGUUUUUAGUUUAGUUUAGCUACUUUAAAAAGGUAAAUUCAACAUGUUAAAACACCUAAGGUAAAUUAUAUUCCACGUAGUUACUUGGUAUCUUUUCCAAAAAUACCAAAGCUAUGAUUUAUUAUAUUAAUUUAACCUGUAUUUGUCCACCAUCUUAAUUCAUGACUCAGAUUAGACCUCUUAUGGGAUAAUCAGGUGCUGGACACCACCAGCAAACACACAGAACAAAAACCAUCCCAACAACAAUUUAUUUAUUUAAAUUCCUUUAUUGUUAUUUAUGGUAUUUAUAAGGAUGUUUUACAGUUACAAUGUACAUACAGACAAAAGAGAAAAGUUUACUUUGAAUGUAUGAGCUGGAGUUGUUGUGGAAGGAGAGUUGCUUGAAUUUGGGACAUAAUAAAGAGAGAAAAUGAAGCAUGUUCA